AUGCAUGACGUUCUCUUUCCGUCCGGUGAAGAAAUUAUCCACUACGAUCACGCUAUCGCCUCUGUUAAUCAGACGGUCCACCAGAUGGCUCCCAACGAACCCAGCACCACCAGUUACGACGAUUCGCAAACCCUUCCUCUUCAGCCCCAGAGGGAUUUUCCCGCCGGAAUUGAAGGAUGGGAACCUGGCGACAUGGCCGUUCUGAUAUAUGAUCCGGUGGGGCUGGGUCGACUCGGAGGUGAGAUAAGAGUGGGAAAUGGGGGUGUUGGAGGAGGGGAGGAGGGUGAAUACAAGGGUGGCGAUGGCAAUGCCCACAAAAACGAACACCAGGCGUUGCUCCCGGAGCAUGUACCGAAUCGGCCUAAUCACGCUCAGCCACGGUUUCGGCGGCUUAGGUGA